AGUUCAAAAAUGGAUAGCUAUAGGUUGAUGAUGAUGAUGAUGAUGGCGGUGGUGUUGAUGAUAGUAGUUACGUUUGGCGAGGCGCAGACUAAUGCAUAUCCAGCUUGUGCUACAGAGCUAGUACCAUGCGUGGAGUAUAAGAACUCCAAGAAGCCACCGAAUGCUUGCUGCAACCCUCUCAAAAACGUAUUCCAAACACAGCUUGCGUGCCUCUGCCAGAUUGUAUUAACGCCUGCAUUCCUUGAGAGUUUUGGUUCCAACACCACUCAAACUAUCCGAUUUGUCCGCUCUUGUAACCUCAAUCUUAGCGUCUCCUUGUGCCAAGACGCUCUUUCAGCUCCGCCUCCUUCAGUGUCGGUGAAGCCCAAAGCAACAGCCGGAGCAGAUGAAGGAGGUGCAGGCAGAGUCGCAUUGAGCGGGUUCUCCUUCCAACUAUUAUUUUGGUGUUAUGUGCUGUUUAUUUAUUAGGAAAAACCCUAAACCCUGUACACUGGGGUCCAAGUUUAUGCAUGCCUCAUCUGUCUCAUCAUCAUAUAUGUCAGCAUUCUGAGUUCUGUUGUGAUCAUUUUUUGUUUCCCAUUUGCAUGCUGUUUUAUUUGCUAAAGAAAAUUAGUUGUAUCUAGUUUCUAUUAUUGUUUCUUCAAUCUUCAUAGAUACAUAUAUAUAUGAUGUAGAUUGUAGAGACUUCAUGCUUUAUCAGUCUAAUA